AUGUCAGAGGUGUCAACAUGGUUCGCUAAUGCUCGUCGGCGUUUGAAGAAAGAAAAUAAAAUGACGUGGUCACCGCGAAAUCGACCCGGAGAAGAUGAUGAUGAUGAUUUGGCUGACAUCGAUGGAUCACCAGAACAGAAUCACUCUGAUAGACCAAGCAGUAGUACUUCUGAUGGAGACAUCACUGUGUCUAUUGAUACGUCAGGAGACGCGCAGUCAAAGUCAGUUACGCCACGACCACCAAUAUCGGAGCCAAGCGAUAUUCCAACCCGAUCAUUAACAUCAGCAGUGUCCUCGACGCCAAAAAAAACAAAAAUCUGGUCAAUUGCAGAUACUCUGUGGAAUAGUGCCACAGAAAGAAAUAGUAAUAGCGCUGGAAGCAACAAAGAUGAUCGUGAGCAAGCAUCUACGUCUGCAGAUGACGGUAAAUCUUCGGACGAUGGCCGGGAAUCAAUACCAACUUCAGUUGGGACCGGUUCAUCGAUGGUGAGUGCUGGUCCGCCGUCUUUGAUGCCUCCAGGAGCUCCCACUAUGCCGGUCAUCAACGGUCAGAUUCCUCAGCACUUUUUGCAGUUUCAUUCUUGGCAACAGCAGCAACUGGCAAUGGCAAUGGCUGCUCGAAUGCCAUUUCAUAGGCCAGAAUUGUUAACAAUGAUGGCCCAAGCUGGUCAGAUCAGGCCACCAAUGCUUUUCAAUCCGAUGUUUAUGGGCUCCAUUAUGCCCGGAAUAAACCAGCAAACAUCACCCAUACCAAAUGCUGUUAUGUCGUCAUCACCUAGUACUUCACAAUCUAAUGGUUCGUUUGUUUUCUAUUUCUGUAUUUCACUAGAUUGA